AUGGACGACGAGAAUGAUAAUGACAUUUCAUCAUUAUACGUAAACGUAAAAAGAGACAAUAAAGUGUCUUUUUCUUACGAAGACGGUUAUAAUACAUUUCAGAGAGGGGAACUUGGAUUGUCAUACAGUUAUUUAGUUGGAAAUUUAAAUUAUAAUGGUGCAAAUAUGAUAUCAUCAGUAGAUUUUCAUUUUAAAGGCAUUGAACAAGCUCAGCAUAUAGAAAUGGGAGAAAGAACAAUAAUCAACCAGAAUAAUACCCACGUAUUAAUAGAAAAGCAUUCAAAAGUUAAUUUUAAAGAACCUAAACAGAUAAAAACUUAUUAUUUCAAGUUUCUAUUACCUUCAAACUUGUCAAGUUCUUUUCAUAUUGCUGAUAAGCAUAAUAAUGUAAUUGGUCAGAUAAUUUAUACUUUACAUGCGACGGUCCAUACAACUGCUAAAUUUCGAGGUCAAAGAGAAUCUGUUGAAAUAAAAUGUCCAUUGGAACAAAUAUUAUUUCGCAACUACAUAACUUAUAAAACUGUAGAAGGUACGCAUAAUGAUCUUAAAAGAAGAGAACCUUUAUUCAGAUAUUCGUUUCAGAUUCCAGAAUAUUUAAGCCUUGGAGAAACAGUUUCUGUUCCAAUUAAAAUCACAUUUAUUAAUACCGGAGUUAAAAUAGUAAGAAUAGAAAUUGCUUUGAAAAAAGUAACGGAAAUUCGGUUUGAAAAAGAUGGAACUUCGUUUAAAAAUAAACUAAAGUGUUGCGCAGCACUUAUUCAACCAGCACAAAUCACAAAUAAUGAACUUUGUCAAAAGCUUUCUUUAUCAACUCCACGUAAUUUACAUACAAGUCACUCUGGAAUGUUCAUAAAUAUUCAAUAUAGACUUUGUAUAAAUUUUUUGUUAACUGGCAUAGAAAAUACGGAUAGUGAUUUUUACAAGGAAAAACCUGUGAUAGUAGCGAAUAUUAAAGAACAAGAUGGCAUUUCUAAUUCUCAGAACUAUCGCAAUUCUGAAAGUGAUCUAUACGUUUCGCGGCCACAUAGUACAGAUCCAAUUCAAGAGGGAUACGAUAAUCCGAACGAAUCAACGGUUCAAAACCCAAACGAUGUUCAAGAACUUUCAAACCAGGGACAUAGAAGAUCGCUUUCAAUAUCUAGAACUUCUACCUCUUCUAAUAGAGGAAAUCAGUAA